AUAAGUGUUCAACCUGUGGUAAAACUGAUACAUUAGUUUCUCUGUUGCACAACACGAUUGUUUUCUGUGGGAAAAAAUUAUAUUACAUUGUAUAGAAGAUGUACCUAGGCAAAUAUUCAACAAAUAAGAUGUCCAACGCUCCAGCCAUUGGAAUUGACCUUGGGACAACUUUUUCUUGUGUAUCAGUCUAUAGAAAUGAAAGAGCUGAACUUAUUGCAAACACAGAAGGAGACCGUCUUACCCCAUCUAUUGUUUAUUUUGAUCCUAAAAAUGGGGAAGUCUAUGUUGGCCGAAUAGCUGAUGAAUCAUCACCUAAUUGCCCGAGCAACUGCCUUCUAGAUGCGAAACGAUUUAUUGGAAGACAGUACGAUGACGACUUCGUUUUAAAAUAUAUUAAGUCAAAGCAGAAAUGUUUUUCGCUGGUUCCUGCACCAGAUGGUCAAGUAGCUUUCGAAAUAGAAAUUUCCAAUAAAAAAAUUAUUAAGAAGCCCGAAGAGGUGAGCGCAGAAGUUUUAAAAUACCUCAAGAAGACCGCCUGUAACUAUUUAGGGGAAAAUGUGACUAAGGCUGUAAUUUCGGUGCCAGCCUACUUCAGCAAUGCUCAAAGAAAGGCUACCAAACAAGCAGCAGAACUGGCGGGCCUAAGUAUCUUAAAGUUAGUAACAGAACCGACAGCUGCUGCUAUCCAUUACGUUUCAGACAAGCAUAGAAUUAAUUCUAACAUAUUGGUCUUCGACUUUGGUGGAGGAACACUGGACGUUUCUUUGAUAAAAGUAACAAAUAAUGUAUUUGAGGUAAAAUCUGUAUACGGAGACACAUUACUUGGUGGCAGGGACUUUGAUAACAUUUUGUUUACACAUUUUUAUAAAAAGAUUUGUAAAAAUGACAGGGAAACAUUUAAAACAGAUAGAUUUAAACGAAAAUUACAAAAUAUUUGCGCUAAUUUAAAGAAAAAUUUAUCAGUUAAGGAAGAGUUUACAUGUUUAAUGGACAAAUAUGAUGGAAAUUCUGAUGUUCAUAUAUCUAUGACACGUACAAAAUUCGAAAAAUUAUGCAAUUCAACUUUCAGACGGAUAACAAAGGUAUUGAAGUUGUCUCUGGAGGAUUCCGGUUUGUCAGAAUCAGACAUAAGCGAAAUUGUUUUGGUGGGAGGAUCAACUAGGAUACCGAAAAUUAAAGAUAUCUUAGCUUCCUGUUUUGGGCCUAAUAAAAUUAAGACGGAUUUAAAUCCGGACGAAGCUGUAGCGGCUGGAGCAAGUAUUCAGGCUGCUCUUCUUCUACGAGAUCAUGUUGAGUUAGAGAAAUACAAAGUGACAGAAGUAACUCCUAUGUCUCUCGGUAUUGAGGUGUUUGGAAACCGGAUGUGUUUUCUUAUACCCAGAAAUUCUCCUUUACCCUCUGGAAAGGUUCAAGAAAUCAUAACAUGUUCUAAUCAUCAGAAUAGCAUUGUCUUCUGUAUUUACGAAGGUGAAAGAAAAAAUAUUAGUUACAAUAAUAAACUCGGAGAAUUUACAGUAAUGGGCUUACCUAAAAAACGUGCAGGAGACGUUAAACUUUCUGUAGACUUUUAUUUGGACGAAGACGGUAUAUUAGAUGUGAGAGCUACUGAGAUGUCUACUGGUAAAAGUAAUAGAUUGGUGGUAACAAUGGAUCAAUUCCGAUUAAGUGAUAGAAAGAUUAAAUUCUCACUCGAAGAUGCAAAGAAACACAAAAUUGAAGAUGAUGUUUUCGAAGAAUUUAUGAUUUACAAAGGCGAAGUUCGUGAACAUUGUCUUCACGUACUUUACGAUGUAAAAAAAAUUUCUUCAAAAAUAGAUCGGAAUUUUGUGAAGGAAAGUUGUGAAAGAUUCUUAACUAAUUUGGAACUUGUAGAUUUUACUGAAAUUGAAAAACUGGAGGCAAUGUUUGCAGUGUAUAACAAUUCUAUAUCCGGUAUAUUACAGAGAAAUCUGAUGUUGGAAUUAACAGAUUGAAAGCACUAAAUGCAACAUUAAUCUAACAAUAAGAUAAUCUAAAUUUACAGGAAAAAAUACAGGUAAAUAAAGUUUACAUACGUAAUCAUUCAUUAUUAUUUUUAAACAAAAAUAUAGAAUUUUAUUAAUUAUUUCAAACUCGCAUUGCCAUUUAAGUAUAUUGGUCCAAUAUUUUUAUUUUUAACAUUAAAUGAAGUUGGGCAUAAAUUCUCAAAGUGUAACAAAGGGGUAGUCCGAUCGCAGUGAUUUUCGUGUUGUUGUAUAGGUUGGAUUUGAUGCGAAAAGUUGCAUCAAGCAGAUGUCACCCGGGCAUUCCAAGUUUACAUUUUGGCGAAUCUUUUAAUUUGUGUGUAGGGAUCAAUAUAUGGUUUUCAAAAGCAAAAAGGGGAAAUUUUAUAACAAUGACGUGGUAGAAUAUUGUUGACAGACAUAGCACACUUUUAUCCGUCCACUUUUGAUGGAUAUAGCUAUAUUGUUUUGUAAUUCUGGGGGUAGGUAGUAGAAACAUAUACAGGUAGUCUAAUCUGGUAUUUUACUUAGUUAAGUUGUCAUUUGUCAGUGUUUGUAUAAAUAUAUAAAUACAUUUAUUUAAAUCUGGAAUAAUUACGUUCAUUUCCAAAGUGUCAGAAGCUUGCUUGGUGGCGAAUUAUGUGAAUUUUGUAUUGAAAAAUAAAAUAAUAUCAAACAUA